CAAGUCGAUCCCCUGGUCCGUCGCUGCAACCCUUCGUCACUGGCGGCCUGGGUAUGGAAGCCGACGCCGUGUCCUCAUCCGCCGCCGCCGCUCUUCCUUCUCUUUCCCUCUCCAACCUUUCGAACCCUAACUCCAACCCUAAUGGCUCUGUCGACGCCUCGAAGCGGAAAAAGGCCGCUGCCGCUCCGAAGCGCUUCGUGAAGUCGCAGAUACCGGAGUCGAUCCUCUCCGAUCCCGCCAUCAACUCCGCUGCUGCCAUCCUCCCCUCCAACUACGACUUCGAGGUCCACAAGACCGUCCACCGCCUCGCAUCCGCCGCCUCGCGCCGCCCCGCUCUCCAGCUCCCCGAUGGCCUCCUCAUGUACGCUCUUCCCCUUGCCGACAUCCUCCUUUCCGCCUCCACUCUCCGCCUCGACGACGUCCUCAUCCUCGCUGACCCCACAUACGGAGCCUGUUGCCUUGACGAUUACGCCGCCUCCGCCCUCGCCGCCGACCAGCUCAUCCACUACGGCCACUCCUGCCUCGUCCCCGUUCCCUCCUCUCGCCUCCCCGUCCUCUACGUCUUUGUUAGCAUUCGCGUCGACGUCGAUCGGCUUGUCGACGCUGUCCUCUCCACUUUCCCCGCUUCCUCCAAACUCGCCCUUGCUGGCACCAUCCAGUUUGUCUCCGCCGUGCAAGCCGCAAAAUCCCUCCUUUCAGCCGAGGGCUUUGAUAUCACGGUUCCGCAGGCCAAGCCGCUCUCUGCUGGUGAGGUUCUGGGGUGCACAGCCCCCACAAUCCCCAGAUCCAAGGGGAUUGAGGCCAUCGUGUUUGUGGCCGACGGCCGGUUCCACCUUGAGGCGUUCAUGAUUGCAAAUCCUGGAGUCCCGGCAUUCCGCUACGACCCAUAUCUUGGGAUCCUCGUUCUUGAGGAGUACGACCAUAAGGGCAUGAAGACGGCAAGGAAAGACGCAAUCUUGGCAGCCCGGGAAGCCAAACGGUGGGGUGUCAUACUUGGGACGCUCGGGAGGCAGGGCAACUCCCGAGUCUUGGACAGAGUGGUGGAGCACAUGGAGGAGAAGGCACUGGAGUGGACCGUGGUACUCAUGUCGGAGAUUUCACCUGCGAGGAUUGCUCUAUUUGGGGACUCCGUGGAUGCUUGGGUGCAAAUUGCAUGUCCUAGGCUUUCGAUCGACUGGGGGGAGGGAUUCACCAAGCCAAUGCUGACAACAUUUGAGUUAGACAUUGCGCUGGGAUAUGUUCCAGGUUGGUGGGAGAAGGAAAGGAUGAGAGUAUCAGAUAAUUUUGAUGGUGAGCCAGUCGCUAGGAAAGAGGAGACUUGCUCAACUUCUGGUUGUUGUCGGCCUAAUUCAUCCGGUUGCAAUUGCAAGAGUGAUGAUCUACAAGCAGAUUAUCCAAUGGAUUAUUAUUCACAAGAUGGAGGGGACUGGAAUAGCUCAUAUGCCAAAAGGAAACCUCAAAAUAGUGUGGCAAAGCUGCAGAAUAAGGGGGGUCAAUUGGAAUUGAGAACAUGAGAUGGCCAGCAAUUAGUUUCACGCGCAUUGUAUCUGGAUUAAAAAGCUGGGAAGAUCUACUUGGUGAUGUUAGAAUAAACUAUGGUAGUAGGUGUGGAAGUACCAUCAUGCUGGGAUCCAAAAUAUAAUUUUUUUUACCUCAAAAGCUCCCCCAUCGGCCUGUGAAAGUUUUCGAUGAAUCGAAGAUCCAUAUAUCAACUUUGGACCGCCAUUUCUACAUCUGAGGAUUCAUUGGAAUUUCUUGUAGUUUAUAAGGUAGGGAUUGUUAUUAUUGUUUUGAAAUAAAAGUUUGCACAUUUUGUUUAA